CUUCAGAAACAAAGAAGAAGAAGUUCCGCCUCCCGCCGACAGGAGGCGGUGGCGGUUCUUCUCGGUCUGUCAGUGAAGUGUCAUGGCGGCGCCCUGUCGCUGCUCAGUCUCACGGUGAAAUCUUAAUCUGAGGAUGAACUGAGAGAAGAAACACAACUCCAACAGGUAUGAGUGUGAUGUCAUCAGUGAUGCGGGGGGCACGGCGGCUCGUCCACGCCGACCCCGUUCUGCUCAGCAGCUUCCUGUCUCCACCCCUCCUCUGUCCCGCUCGAACCUCCGCCCCCCUGCUUACCUGUCAGCAGAACAGGAAGUACAUACCCAAAAAGGUCAAAGGUCACAAACCACAGGCAGUCAAACCUAAAGUCUACAAACAGGAAGUGGAGAUCACUCAGAAGAUGACGGUGGCAGCACUCGCCAAGGCCAUGAACAAAGAUGUUGACCACGUGUUUGAGGCUCUGCUGAACAGCCCGGUGGAUCUGGACUCUCUGGAUCAGGACUCAGUUCUGGAGGAGAGGUCGAUUAAGGAGGUGGUGACUCGGUCGGGGAUGAAGUUCAAAUGGGCCAAACUGAGUGAGACCAGGAAGAGGGUCAACAGGGAUGCCCACCGGAGGCCUCCAGCUGAUGCGUCCUGCUUAGUGUCCCGCCCUCCGGUGGUCACCAUCAUGGGUCACGUGGAUCACGGUAAAACCACGCUGCUGGACAGUUUGAGGAAGAGUCAGAUCGUCUCCACCGAGGCUGGAGGAAUCACACAGCACAUCGGAGCCUUUUUGGUCGAGUUGCCUUCAGGUGAGAAGAUCACCUUCCUGGACACUCCGGGUCACGCCGCCUUCUCCUCCAUGAGAGCCCGUGGAGCCAACGCCACCGACAUCAUCAUCCUGGUGGUGGCGGCGGACGACGGCGUCAUGAACCAGACGGUGGAAUCCAUCCAACACGCCAAGAGAGCCGGAGUUCCAAUGAUUGUGGCGGUGAAUAAGUGCGAUAAACCUCAGGCUGAUCCUCAGAGAGUCAAACGGGAGCUGCUCGCUCACGAUGUCGUCUGUGAGGAGUUCGGAGGAGACGUUCAGGCCAUUCACAUCUCUGCUCUGAAGGGUGACAACCUGCUGGCUCUGACGGAGGCCACGGCAGCGCUGGCCGAGGUCCUGGAGCUGAAGGCGGAGCCCAGCGGCCUCGUGGAGGGACUCGUCAUCGAGAGUCGAACCGACAGAGGCAAAGGUCCUGUAACGACAGCCAUUGUCCAGCGAGGGACACUGAGGCACGGCUGCGUCCUGGUGGCGGGGAAGAGCUGGGCCAAAGUCCGUCUGCUGUUCGAUGAGAACGGGCGGGCGCUGACAGAGGCCGGGCCGAGCUGUGCUGUGGAGGUGGUCGGCUGGAAGGAGCUGCCAUCGGCCGGAGAGCUCAUCCUGGAGGUUGAGUCUGAGCAGCGAGCGAGAGAAGUGGUGGAGUGGAGGAACUACGAGGAAGAGGAGAUGAAGCUGGAGGAGGAGCGGAGCGCCAUUGAGCUCAAACAGACACAGCACCUGCAGGAGUACAGGAAGGAGAGGGCGGAGCUGGCUCACCUGAGCUGGAGGCAAAAGAAGGCGGCGCUGUACAGAGCCUACAAGGCCAAGUUCUCCGGGAGGCCGAGUGAGAGAACUGAGGAUGAAGAGCUCAGUCUGCCGCUCGUCAUCAAAGGUGAUGUGGACGGGUCGGUGGAGGCCAUCUUGAACAUCCUGGAUAGUUACGAUGCUCAUCAGCAGUGUGAACUGGACGUCGUUCACUUUGGCAUUGGAGACGUUUCAGAGAAUGAUGUCAACAUGGCCGAAACGUUUAAAGGUUCCAUUUACGGCUUCAACGUCAGGGCGAGUAAAACGGUGCAGCAGCUAGCGACAAAGAAAGGCGUCCCACUCAGACUCCACACUGUUAUCUACAAACUGAUUGAUCAGCUGAAGGACGACUUGAGCAGCAAACUGCCCCCACAUGUUGUAGAGAACAUUCUUGGUGAGGCGACGGUUCUCGCUAUGUUUGAAGUUUCUGUGGGGAAGAAGAAGGUUCCUGUGGCCGGCUGUCGGGUUCAGAAAGGUCUGUUGGACCGGCGACACAAGUUCAGACUGAUCCGAGGACAGGACACCAUCUGGGAGGGUUCUGUGAUGACGCUGAAGCACCACAAAGAUGACGUUCAGUCGGUGAGGACGGGGAUGGAGUGCGGUCUGUCGGUACAUGGUAACAUGGACUUCAAACCUGGCGACGUCCUUGUCUGUUUUGAGAACGUGGCCUCUCCUCAGGUCACUUCCUGGAACCCUGGCUUCUAACAACGUCCUCCCAUCAUCCUCUGCUGCUCAGAGGUCUGAGGAUGACUGAGGACUGGGUCGUCAGGUCUCCUUCAAUACUGAUAAAAUCACUGAUAAAGCAAGCUGCAGUAAUAAAGUACAUUUCACAGUGCAUCACUGAGGCGGGUGUGGUCACAGACAGAGAACACCUGUACAUUAGAAAACAAGUGAAACCAAUGGAGGUCAGAACAAAACACGUGAGACUUGUUUUGGUUUAAGACGUUUUAAUAAAAGCUUUAAACAGUUUGACAGAAACUCAACAGGUACAAAGCAGCUUCUGAUCCACAAACAAACUCAGAGUCUUUAACUAAAUAAAGUUUAGCUGUAAAAUCUC